AGGGCGCGGAAGGCGCGCGGGAGCGGCCGUUGGGGCGACCCGGGCCCGGCGGGGCGGCGACAUGACCCAGCAGGGCGCCGCGCUGCAGAACUACAACAACGAGCUCGUCAAGUGCAUCGAGGAGCUGUGCCAGAAGCGAGAGGAGCUAUGCCGGCAGAUCCAGCAGGAGGAGGACGAGAAGCAGCGGCUGCAGAACGAGGUGCGGCAGCUCACCGAGAAACUGACGCGCGUCAACGAGAACCUGGCCCGCAAGAUCGCGUCCCGCAACGAGUUUGACCGCACCAUCGCCGAGACCGAGGCCGCCUACCUCAAGAUCCUCGAGAGCUCGCAGACGCUGCUCAGUGUGCUCAAGCGGGAGGCGGGCAACCUGAGCAAGGCCACUGCCACCGAGCAGAAGGGCAACACUGGCAAGGACAACUGAGCUGGUACACCACCCAUGACCGUGCCCUCCCUUUGACUCCAGGCCAGCAGCGACCCAGGCAGCUGGAGGCCAGGGCAGCUGUGCCCCUUUGCCUCCAAUUGGCUUGAGCGGUCAGUCACCCCCCAAUAAAUCGUUUUCUUAAA